UUUCAACACUACUAUAUAACAAAUAAUUUGAGCAAGUAGAGCCUGGAGGCAGAAUGCCGGUACCCGCAACAGUGGAACCUGCAGCUGCCGUAGCUCCUGUGGGAGGUGCGGUGGCAGCGGAAGGGCAACAGCCUGAACAACAGAACACCUGGAAAAGUAUGCUGUGGAGGUUUAUUUCGAUGUACAUCAUGAUCAGUGUGAUCCCCUCCUUUUUCCGUGGCAAGUCCCCGGUAGCUACCCCAGAUGGUGUAGCAGCUCCUGGGCAGGCUUCUAACAUGUGGCCCUCUGGCACUCCCUUCGAGCUGUAUGUGUACACCAGCACGGAAGAUAGCUUCAACCUGAUGAACAGUAGUCUGCUGUGUCACUUUGCCGCUCUCAAGAUGGGUGAGUGGUACGACGGAGAGGAGAAGAACGGACAGAGGAACUUCCAGGCUAUUAUUCCAGCUAGUGUUGAUCUACAGAAUAACGGUACAAUGUACCUGCAUUUGGUGGCAGCAAGGAAUGAAGCUCAAAUAAACCCCCUACACCCGAAACACAAUAAACACGAUGUGGUUGUCACAUCUAGAAUGUGGACGAGAUUCAAGAAACGUAAGAUAGAGUCCACCACGAAUCUCCUUACUGGAGAAACUAAAAACAAGAUCGAGGGAGCUGAAGAUGGCGAUAUAAUCUCCUACUGGCAUCCAAACCUAACAAUAUCAAUGUUAGACGAUCAAAGAGUGUGGCCAGCAGGUCAACCCAUUCCUCCGCCAUUCGAUAAGUGGAUAGACAUAGAUAUGGAGGUUAUGCAAUAUAAGCCUGUCUUAUACAUCAACGACUACUGGGAUCUAAAUUCCGAUCUCGUCCCAAUCAACGACACCGUCAAGGAACUGGAAUUGAACGUUAACUAUGCUCCAAUUUCUGUGUUCUACUUCCAAAUAUACGAAGCCCAGAAGAUGCAGAAACAGUGGAACAGUAUGUUAGGUGUUGCAGAGGCUAGCGAUGAAGAGAAUGAUAUUGUUAAGAGAACAAUGUUGGAAACAAACCCUUACCUACUCGGUGUUACAAUUGUUGUCAGCCUGGUUCACACUGUCUUCGAGUUCCUUGCUUUUAAGAACGAUAUACAGUUCUGGAAAUCCCGGAAGAGUCUGGAAGGUCUAAGUGUGAGGAGUAUCAUAUUCAACAUCUUCACUCAGCUGAUAGUAGUGUUGUACGUUCUGGACAAUGACACCAAUACUAUGGUCGCUAUUUCAGUCUGUAUUGGUCUUGUUAUUGAAGGAUGGAAGAUCACUAAAGUCAUGGAUGUCUCGGUGGAUAUGUCUAACCCUGUGUUAGGAAUCAUACCAAGGGUUACUAUCAAAGACAAGAGUAGUUAUGCUGAGUCCCCAACUAAAGCAUACGACAGGUUAGCGUUCAAGUACCUGUCGUGGGUGCUGACCCCUCUGCUGAUUGGGUACGCUGUGUACUCACUGCUGUACGAGGAACACAAGGGCUGGUACUCCUGGACGCUCUCUAUGUGCUACGGAUACCUCUUAUUGUUCGGGUUUAUCAUGAUGACACCCCAACUGUUUAUCAACUAUAAGAUGAAGAGUGUGGCUCAUCUACCUUGGAGAAUGUUGACAUAUAAAGCUCUCAACACAUUUAUAGAUGACCUGUUUGCGUUUGUUAUCAAGAUGCCUACUCUCUACCGACUGGGAUGCUUUAGAGAUGAUAUAGUAUUUUUCAUUUACCUGUACCAGCGGUGGGCGUACAGGGAGGAUCCUAACAGAGUCAACGAGUUUGGGACGAGCAAAUCUCACCCUGAGGGUGUUCCUGAACAAGCUGAUAUUACUAGUGAAGGAAAAGUAAUAUUGGCGGCGGAUGAAGGUGAAGAAGUCGCAGCAGAGCCGAAAACCGUCGAGGAAAAGAAAACUGAGUAAACAGCCAGUAUAAUGAAAAUUGUCGGAACAGACUAGGACACAGACGCGAUUCGCGAACUAUCAACUAUCAGCUCGUAUUUUAUGCAAUUAUAUAUGCAUUAAAUAUUCUCUUAAACGGUUCCAGAGUUUAAGUGGAUUGCACUGUCUUUUGUCUUCAGACACAGGGUCGGUUUUAUUGUGAUACUGGUGUAAGAUUUCAGAUUAAUUAAUAUCGCAAUUGCGUAAGAUGAUUAUAAUGUAUGAUGUUAAUUGUUAUCUGUAUUUUCUCUAUAUUUUUUUGCGAAAUGCAAGUUUUGUUAUUCAGAAA